UUUGCAGACAAAACUGGGGUUAAAGUAAAGCAGAAAGCAGCAGUUGAAAGAUCGUGGAAGUGAGGUUUCCUAGUUAAGAUGUGGAAGGCCGUGGUGGGCCACAAUGUGUCGGUCAAGGUGGAGUCCCAAGGAGAUGACUGGGACACCGACCCAGAUUUUGUGAAUGACAUCUCAGAGAAAGAGCAGCGCUGGGGGGCAAAAACCAUCGAAGGCUCUGGCCGCACAGAGCACAUAGACAUCCACAAGCUUAGAAGCAAAGUCUCUGAGGAGCAUGAAGUUCUCAAGAAGAAGGAGCUGGAGACGGCGCCCAAAGCUUCCUAUGGCUACGGGGGCAAGUUUGGCACAGAGAAGGACCGCAUGGACAAGAGUGCACUGGGUCAUGACUAUGUUGCUGAGGUCGGGAUGCACUCGUCUCAGACAGAUGCAGCCAAGGGAUUUGGAGGGAAAUAUGGAGUGCAGAAGGACCGAGCAGACAAGUCGGCGCUGGGCUUUGAGUACAAAGGCGAGGUGGAAAGGCACACCUCACAGAAAGACUACGCUGUGGGUUUUGGAGGGAAGUUUGGCGUCCAGAAGGACCGUCAAGACAAGUCUGCCUUGAGCUGGGCACACAAGGAGGAGGUGAAGCCCCACGAGUCCCAGACAGACCACGCCGUGGGGUUCGGAGGGAAGUUUGGAGUCCAGAAGGACCGUCAAGACAAGUCUGCCUUGAGCUGGGCACACAAGGAGGAGGUGAAGCCCCACGAGUCCCAGACAGACCACGCCGUAGGUUUUGGAGGGAAAUUUGGAGUCCAGAAGGACCGUCAAGACAAGUCUGCCUUGAGCUGGGCACACAAGGAGGAGGUGAAGCCCCACGAGUCCCAGACAGACCACGCCGUGGGUUUUGGAGGGAAGUUUGGGGUCCAGAAGGACCGUCAAGACAAGUCUGCCUUGGGCUGGGCACACAAGGAGGAGGUGAAGCCCCACGAGUCCCAGACAGAUUACGCCAAGGGCUUUGGAGGCCGCUAUGGGGUACAGAAGGACAGGGUCGACAAGAGCGCUGUCGGCUUUAGCGAGAUGGACGCUCCAGCUUCUUCGUACGAGAAGACGAAGCCCAUGGAGGCCGCUUCUGGCGGGGCAGGCAACCUGAGGCAGCGGUUUGAGAACAUGGCCAAGUCGGCAGAGGAAGAGAACCAGAAGCGGGCGGAGGAGGAGCGCGCUCGGCACCAGGCCCGGGAGCAGCGAGAGCGGCAGGAGCAGCAGAAGGAAACCCAGAGAAGCGAAGAGCCAAGCAAUGAAGAGCUGGUCCCGAAACUCUCACCACAACCCGUGAAGGUGUGCGCAGAGCGCAGCGUGCCCCCGGUGCUCCCAGCACACCAGAGCAUGGCUGAAGAGGAAGAGGAGCAACUGCCCAUCCUUCCCCCACGGAACUCAGACCUGGCCGAGGGUGCCCGAGAGCCACCAAAAGCCCCUUCCGUGCCCCGGCCCAUCUUCAUCGAGAGUCCGGACUAUGGUGGCGACUACGAGGACGUGGACGGGCCCUUGGUCCACGAAGAACCUCCUGACUUCCAUGAGGAUGAGGACGCCGGGGGAGACUACGAGGAGAUGCCAGACCACUUUGGCCCUGCGGAAACCAUCUAUGACAACAGCCCGGAGGACGAGAUCCAGGACUAUGAGGAGAUCCCAGACAGGAAUCCUGGCAGCUCCGGGGAAGUGUCCUCUGCAGGCGCUGAAGGGGCUGUGUAUGAAGUGGGCGGAGCAUGCCUGUCUGCCAUGGCCCUCUACGACUACCAGGGAGACGGGGAAGACGAGAUUUCCUUCCUCCCGGGCGACACCAUCACAGACAUCGAACAGGUGGACGAGGGCUGGUGGCGUGGGCGCUGUCAUGGCAAAGAUGGCCUCUUCCCAGCCAACUACGUCGAGCUCCUGCCGUGACGCCCUCCCUCUUCCUGCGUCCCCAUGGCCACCCCUUCCCAGCUGCCCCUGUGCCCCAGCAGACUCCGGAGCCCAGCUUCCCCUCAACCUCUCUUCGCCACUGAGUGAGCGGGACGCUUUCCCUUCCGGGUGGCACCAAGGUGCCUCCGGGCUUCUCUGGGGUGCUGCCGGGCUCCCCCUCCUGCAGUUCCAGGCACGCUGCCGUGUCCGGGCUCUAUUCCAGCUGUGUCCAGUUUUGCUCAGCUUCUGACCCUGGAUGGGCGCCGAAUCCCUUGCUUUUGUGGGCAGUGCAGCCGACACCUCCACUCUCCUCUGAAACCCUCACAGCAAUCCGUUGAAGUGCAAACCAAGGCGUUGAAACCCUCAGGGAGCCGGCAUGGUGUAGAGGUUAGAGGAAGUGUGGUAGGGCGGCCCCCCAUGCCCCGCUCUGGGCAGCCUCAGGCGUGGGGAAAUGAGCAGCUGCGUGGCUGCGUAGCUGCGUAUUACUUGUGGGUUGUUUAGCCCGCGGAAGCGUGGCUGAUCUUGUUGUGUUCCCAUGGCACAUGCUCACAACGUUCAAAAUGGGCAAAGUAUCCUAUGCAACGUGCGUAAAAGGGGAUUUUAAAAAAGUGAUCUUUAUGUCAAUAAAAAGAUAUUAUUGUGCUAUCCA